AAUUGAAUUGACAAAAACCGGGAACACAAAAGUUUCUUCUGGAAAAGUUUAUUAAAUUUUGUUUUUCUGUAUUUAUUUGUUAAUAAUUCAUCCACAAUAGUCGUCCAUAGAAUUGAUGAAUCAAAAUGAAAUUCCGACUUAAAAUGGACUUGUCUCAGUUCUAUGACGACGAACGUAAUCUCGCUUAUAUCCUUGUUGAUCCGAAUUGGGAUCAAGUCAUCUGCCUCCAGCAGCAUGUUCAACAAUUAUUCGAUGUUCCAGAGGUACAAUUCCUUACCGAUGAUGGAAUUUACAUUCCACCACGUGAAUCUAUCGAUGUCAUCAAAAUAAGUGAUGUUUUAAGAGCCAUAGUUCCCCAAAAAUCAAAGACAAAGAAGAAGAAGAAGAAAUCACCUAUGUGUAAUGGUUUCGAGGCUGAAGCAGAUGAUGAAUCCAUGGAAAUUGGAGACAAACGCAAGUGUGACGAUGAAGAAGGACUCACUUGUUCGACGCCAAAUUUGUGUCCAAAAAAGAAAAAACAAAAAACAUCUAAAAAAGAAGAGAAUCAAAGUUCAAUGAAGGAACUCGAAGAAAGCAGAAUUGAGGCUCUUCAAAACAGCAAUACAGUGACCUCAACAAUUGAUUCUAAGGAACUCGAAUUUGCACAUCCCGAAAAUAUCAGUGAAGACACCAUAAAGUCCCGAAAGAGGAAGCGCUCACGAAAAAACAAAAAAUCCCAAGACGAGUUGGAAAAGGACGAGAAGAAGAGUCGACUAUCAUCAGUUCCUAUCCCAAUUUCAUCUUCUACUCUGAGGCUCUCCAAAUCAAUGUCAACUCCAAAUAAUUCUACAAAACACGUCCACUUCUCUGACGAAGAUGAUGGACUAACAGUUAUUGAACCCAAAUCCAAAGAAGAUUAUGUGAUAUAUCGCAGUCUCUUGAGCAUGGAUUGUGAGGCAAGGAUCAUUGAAGCCGAGGAAGUUAAAGACACUCCACGAAUUCUUAAGAAAGAGAACAUAUCUCAAGUGAAAAAACCUGAAAUUGUUAUCCACGAAGACAUUGUCCUAGUUCCUGCUCCACAAGUUAAGAAGAAUUUAUCGCUCCAAAAAGCCCCAGAUGUCCCAGUUGAGCACCAAGAAGACUGCAGUGUGAUUGAAGUAGAUGAUAGUGUUGUGAGUAGGGCAGAGCCCGACGAAGAUGAUGAUGACGAUGCUACUGCUGUCAAUGACACUUGCUCGGAGAUCAACGUUGAGAAGAUUCUACCACUUUCUGAAGAACUCACAGAAUUACCAAACAUUGGUGAUGUUAUUUUAUUCAAGUUGUACCAAUUGAGUGAAGCUUUUACCCCAGAAAUAUCACAAUACAUUUGCGGACGCUGUGAAGAUGUUGAUUCCACCCAAAAGACUCUGAAUUGUCUCGUUCUAGAUGGACUUGAUCAAAUAGAUGAAAAUUUACAAAAUCCUGAUCCCAGCGAUGGGAAUAGAGUGAAGUCAAAUGGAAAAAUAAAUUGUUUUGAAUUUUGUUUCAACGAUAUGCUGGAUAAGCGAGUAUUUAGAAUGUAAAGAAGCCAAAUGUCUGUUUAAUUUGUAAUGUUUAUUUUUGUAACAAUGUUUUCUUUUUUAAUAAUGACAUAUUGCAAAAAUUCUGACCAUAAAAGAUAUAAAAUGUUAA